AUGAAGGCGCGUCACAGCAAUCCAGGCACUCCACUCAUCAGUCUCGUAAACAUGGAAGGAACAAGAAAAAGCCAUAUAAAAAUACGCACGUAUAAACAACUCACUCAGGCCAACUACAUAGUUUCUACUCUAGAACUUCAAUUAACUGCCAUCGGUGUUUCGCCACUCCCAUUUAAAAGACUGAGAAUGAACUUGUGGAUGUCAAGCAAAAGUUGGACAGGAAAAUGGAGGUUUGCAUAUGAAGCAUCAGCACUCAAGCAUCUGCCUGUGAGUGGAGGGGUGUGCAAUCUCAAGUUUGAAAUGUUUCUUUGA